AUGAGUGACAAUUAUCCACCCCCAGAGGAAGACCCAUACCAAGAAGAUGAUGAAAUCGAUGAUGCUGGUUAUAAAUCCGUCAAAGACGCGGUGCUUUUCGCCAUCGAUAUCAGCGAUUCUAUGUUGAGAUUACGGCCGUCAGCCUCUGAAAAGGAACCGCCAGAGUCGCCGGCCAAGGCUGCUAUCAAAUGCGCUUAUAGUUUGAUGCAGCAGCGCAUCAUCUCGAACCCAAAAGAUAUGAUGGGGAUUCUGUUUUUUGGAACAGAGGCUUCGAAGUUCUACAACGAGGAUGAAAAUAGCCGAGGCGACCUGUCGUACCCCAACUGCUACCUAUUCACAGACCUGGAUAUUCCCGACGCGGGCGAUGUGAAGAAGUUACGCGCAUUAGCUGAGGAGGACGAAGAGGAGGACCAGAUCCUUGUUCCGUCAAAGGAUAGGGUCUCGAUGGCUAAUGUGCUGUUUUGUGCUAAUCAAAUAUUCACCUCAAAGGCCUCCAACUUUCUUUCCCGGCGGCUCUUCAUAGUUACGGACAAUGAUAACCCGCACGGGCAAGACCGAAUCAUGCGAUCUGCUGCUACAGUCCGAGCAAAAGAUUUAUAUGACCUUGGAGUCAUUAUUGAACUGUUCCCGAUUUCUCAGCCGGACCACGACUUUGAUAGGUCAAAAUUCUACGAUGAUAUUAUUUAUAGAAGUAGUCCUAAUGAUCUAGAAGCCUCUGGGUUAUCCCCAGCCUUGACUCAGGCUCGCACCUCAGGCGGUGACGGCAUCUCAUUGCUCAACUCCCUUCUCUCUUCAGUGAAUUCAAAAUCAGUCCCUCGCCGAGCUCUUUUCUCAAACGUUCCAUUAGAAUUUGGCCCGAACUUCAAAAUAUCGGUGACUGGCUACCUUCUUUUCAAAAAACAAGAACCCGCUAGAAGCUGCUUUGUCUGGCUUGGAGGCGAAAAACCCGAGAUCGCAAAAGGUACAACGACUCAGAUGGCAGAAGAUACUGCACGUACAGUCGAGAAAGGGGAAAUACGCAAGGCAUACAAGUAUGGUGGGGAGCAAGUCUCUUUCACCAUCGAAGAGCAACAAGCAUUGCGCAAUUUCGGUGAUCCUGUCAUCAAAAUAAUCGGGUUUAAACCUUUAUCUUCCCUUCCAAUCUGGGCUUCUAUCAAACACCCAACAUUCAUAUACCCAUCCGAUGAAGAUUAUGUCGGUUCAACCCGAGUAUUCUCGGCCCUUCACCAGAAGCUCCUGCACGAUCAGAAGAUUGGAAUCGUUUGGUUCAUUCCUAGGAAAAAUGCUGCCCCUGUCCUAGCUGCUAUGCUUCCCGGCGCAGAAAAGACGGACGAGAAUGAGGUUCAGGUAUCUCCACCAGGGUUAUGGAUCAUACCUCUGCCAUUCGCGGAUGAUAUUAGGCAGAAUCCCGAAACGAAUCUCUAUGUGGCCCCUGAGCCGUUGAUUGAUCGCAUGAGGACAGUUGUCCAACAACUUCAACUUCCCAAAGCCCAAUACGACCCGCGGAAGUAUCCAAAUCCAUCAUUACAGUGGCAUUAUCGAAUCUUACAAGCACUCGCAUUAGACGAGGAUCUGCCGGAACAGCCAGUAGACAAAACAAUUCCCAGGUAUAGGCAGAUUGAUAAGCGGGCUGGCGACUAUGUCAUUGAAUGGGGCGAUGAGCUUGACUCCCAAUAUCGUAAAAUGUUCUCAGAACAGCCCAAAACCUCAACUUUAGCAAAAAGGGCGCCAAAGGCCUCUGACACUUUGGCAGAAAAAGAGCAUCCUGCGAAAAAGGUGAAGACUGAAAAUGGUGCCCAAAACACCGCUGAUGACGUUCUGAACCACUAUCACAGUGGCCUUUUGUCAAAAUUAACACUUCCAAUCCUGAAGGACUUCUUGUCCUCUAAAAAGCUCUCCACGACGGGAAAAAAAGCGGAUUUGAUAGAGAGGGUCGAGGAAUAUUUUGAUAAGAAGGGAUAG